AUGGCCAGUUCUCAGCAACCCGAGCUCGUCAUCGGUGUUGACUUUGGCAUGUCCCAGACAGGUGUGGCAUACUGCACGGCACCAUGGACAAAUCCCGUAACUUUUCAAAGUUGGACGACCAUUGCAGCUGAACUGUUCAACAAGGCGCCAUCGCGACUGGCAUAUAACCAUGGUACAGCAAACAUAAAGUCUUGGGGUUUCUUUGUCGACGUCGCCGAUCGGGCGACCGACAUCAAAGAGUAUUUCAAGCUCCACCUCGACCCUGAAUAUGGAGAAUGGAAACAUCUCUCCCAUCAAGACGCAAGACGGUUUUACCUGGACUACAUGAGAUGUGUGCAUGACCAUAUUGCCCGAUACUUCCAAAGUCGAUAUCCUCAAUGGGCGACAAUGCGAGUCGAAUGGAACUUUAGCGUUCCGACGACUUGGAAGCAUGCUGGAAUGGUCCGUGAGCUCUUAGCGAUCCUGAAGCUCGCUGGAUUCGGAAGGGACGGCCAGUACCAUUCUUCGGUGGUGACUUUGACCGAGGCCGAGGCAGCCGCCGUCUGUGUCGCGAAGCAAAUGUUGAAGCGCGACGACGUGAUCUUGGUGUGCGAUGCAGGUGGAGGUACGACGGAUGUCAAUAUUAUGAAAGUAAAGUCUGAGAUAGGAGAGGCGCUCAAGUUGGAACAGUUGCUUCAGGUCGAAGGACGGGAGGUCGGCUCCGCCCUCAUCGAUAUAAAAGUACAGCAGCACCUUGCCAAACGGUUGGACCAGGUUCGUGAUAUUUUGCAACCUGCCGAGACUGCCGAGAAAAUGAUGCUAGGCAGAUUCGAGAGAUUCAAGUGCAGUUUUGGAAGCCCUGGCAUGACUGCUCCAAAGUUGUACCUGCCAGUGACUGGGCUCCCUACAGGGUUGGAUUACCCGCAGGCAGGGAUUAGAGACUCCCAUAUGGAGAUCGAUCAGGACACCAUCCAGCAUCUUUUCGACGAACAGGUUGAUGGCUUAAUUGAACUGAUUGAAGAACAGUUGAAAUCCCUGAAAAGAACGCGCCCUGGCGAGCAAGUCUCAUAUCUGAUCAUGUCUGGAGGCCUUUCUGCCUCGGAAUACAUUCAGAGCCGAAUCAAAACGCAUUUCGAAUCUGGAGCAGGAGCCGAAAUACCAAACGUGCGCGGCCUGCGAAUGCUUCUCGCGGAGAACCUGCAGCUUGCCGUAGUCCAGGGACUCGUCAGUUACCGUGCCCAAGAAAUAGGACAAGAUUGUACGCCAAUUGUGCAGCGCUGCGCACCUGUCAGCUAUGGUGUUGUUGUCAAUCAAAAAUACAGCCAACAGAGACAUUUCGGCCAGAGAGUAGUUCGAGAUAAGAGGGACGGAAAGAAAUGGGCGGUUGACCAGAUUGAAUGGUUGAUCCGGAAGGGCGAUAAAAUCACCGACAACGGCAUCGAGAAGAUAUUCAAGGCCAAGUUGAGUCCUGCACAGUACCGGAAACCAUGGAAGGCGCAGUUUGUGGUGUCCACACGACCUGCAGACGCCCUCCCCAAGAGCAUGGCUGAGAGAGACCAUGUCAGGACGCUCUGCACCGUGUCAGUCAAUCUCCAUCUGGUCGAACGGCUCGUGCGAAACAAGCACUGGUGGAACUUUGGGGAGCGCUACGAGCUUGCCCAUUUCCGUGUCAAGCUCAUCCCUGGGCAUGCCGAUUUGAAGUUCCGCCUGAUUAGCGGAGGCAGGCUGGUGAAUAGUGAAGAUGAUCAGGUCAAGGUCGACUGGAGCAGCGGAUCUCAUCGUCAAUCAACCACAAGCAACGAUGAUCUGGACCAAUGGCACACAUUGUGA